AUGAUUGUCCUGUUGCUCUUGACGGUUUUCACUUCGGCGGUUAACGGCUGCGGCGCAGGUAGGAACUUUAAGAGCCGUAGGACGUAGUUGAUCAGCAUUUUCGAAAUGGUCGAAAAAGUUUCAAUCAGUAACUUUCUGCUAAAAAAGGCACAAAGAUUGAGACCUUUUAAAAUGAGCCUUUUCACUACUUCUAGAAAUGGUUCUAACGUUGAGAAAAAAAAAAGUCCAAAGUCUGACUAAAACCAGAUAAAAAUAAAGAGUACAGAAAGGUUUUGAGAACAGAGCUAGAAAAACUUCCUUCUUUAGAAAAUUCGUUAGAACCGGCCAUUCAUGAAGAUAGUUUCAUCUAGAAAGGAAAUAAGGAAAAAUUAAACGAAUGAAACGGACAGAAACUCAGUUUCAUUAGAUUUUAAAACAGAAAAAAGUUUGUCAAUAUAAAAAAACAGCCUUCUCUUCACGAAACCGAAAAUUAUUCCUUAAUUUCUCUUAAGGUGGUUCUGGAGACAACGAAUACAUCCAGAACCCGGUAUUCGCUAUGACGAUAAGUCCGCCGAUUGGCUGGACCUACUUCCCGACUACGGUAAUCAGAACUUGGGUGUGUUGAAAUAAUGAAAAACCCACAAUUCAGCCGUCGGUGGCGAACACGGCCAUCUGGUAUUUUGUCGGCCAGUCAAACGACACUCUCACCGCCAAGGAUCGCGCUGACUCCGAAAUCACAGCCGCGGUUGGUUCUGAAAACUGAAAAUAAUUCUAGCCGUUUGAAAAAGAAGCUAGCGUUUUUUAUUCUCUUAACGCAAUCUUUCUUUUAUUGAUUCUCUCCAAUUUUCGAACAUUCUAACCCAUAAUCGUUUUGAGAUGCUGGAAGCGAUCGUGGCAGCCAAUUUGCCGGUCACAGGCGUCACCGUCAGCAACGAUUAUCAACCAAUUGUGGUAGAUCAUUCGUUUUUAUAUUCAAAUGAGAAAUCAUGAAUGAUAGGUGGAAAACCCAAUCGGCUCAACGACUUGGACCGGCUCACUCUACGGAAAAGUCGAAGGGGGAGCUCUCACUCAAACUUCUCCUGGCACUACUGCUGGUUGGUUCUCGAAAAAUAGUUUUUUUGGAAUUGAAAUUUUUAAAAAAAGCGAAUGAAUUGUCACAAAACGAUAUCGAAAAAAUAUUGAAAUGCGAAAAUUGGGCGUUAGUUGCUCUUUUCGGCCAUUCGAAUUCGAAACACCGGAAAAUAUGGAAAAUAUUAAAUUUUUGAAGGGUUUCUCACUUUUUUUCCGUAUUUAAAACCUGGCCUUCAUUUUUUUCAUACUUUUUGAUUUCAAAAUAGGAAAUGAUAAAACGAGUCAAGAAAAGAUUUUUUUAAAGUUUUUCCAAUUUGAAAUUUUUUUCGGUUUUUUUCUCAAUCUUAAAAAGGUUAAUUUUUUUCUUUCACCUAAAAAAAUGAUCUGUCGACUUCAAAAUGAUCGAAAAAAUAAAAAUAACAACAAUUGCCGGCCGAAUGAGGAUUCCAGGCUUAAAAAUCGAUUUUGAGAGAAGUCAAAAUCUUUUAUUGACUGAAAACAACUCAGGAACGACUGUACUCACCUACCAACCGUAUACGCGUCAACUUCGAGUCACGGUGAACAACGCGGCGACGACGCGAUUCUAUUGGAACAUCGUCAAGAACACGUUCCUCCAGAAGAUGUCCAUGAACUUCCACGCGCGGUUCGCCGGCGAAGUCACCAUCUCCAAAGUCUAA